GAGUUUGCCAAACGUUAUUUUGUGCGUCGCCGAAACUUGUGGAGCAGUGAGUUCAAAACUCCUAAAGCUUUGUUCGAAAGUGCUUGUGAAUCGACGAUGCGUUUGGCCUACGUUUGUGGUGCCGAAAUUUUCCGUCAAAAUUACACCCGGAACAAUCGUCGGUUGGCUUUGCUGUACGCUGACUUUACCCUGUACCUGGUGAUUAGCUCUUGGUGCAUGACGGUGCUGUGGGGUCAGCUACUUGACGUCAUCUUCUGUGUCGUGACGAUUGGAGGGGCCGUACAGGCGUUUGCAAAAAUUUCCAGUUACAUAAAUCCCACAAUUUACGAACUUCACUUGAAAAACAUGGACAACUUCAAAAACAUUCGGAAAUAUAACGAGGUUGAGGACAUGUUGUGGAAUAUAGCGGCUAUUUGUAAAUUGAUAGUGCUUUUUUAUGCAAUCAUCUCCAAAAUUUUUGUUGGAUUGAUUUUGGCGUAUUCAAUUGGUAGCUCUUAUAUGGGCGAGCAUUACGUCUUGCCGUUUGGAUAUUUCUUUCCGUGUAUUGAUCGGGACACUUUCACUGGAUACUUGAUCAAUUUGGCUUAUCAAAGUACAUUUUUGGUGUACGCCUAUUGCGGACUGCAGCUUACGGAUCAUUUAUUUAUAAACUUUAUCAUGCACGCGAUUGCACGGCUGGAGACAAUCAUAAUCUAUCUGAGAAAACUUAAUCUUCAGAUACAAUCACAAGACUUGCGGCUCAACGGAUCUGCUAUCAGUGAACUACUGCAUGAUAUUUUAGAAAAACACAUCCAACAUACCGAGAAUCUCAGUGAUUUAGACAAUGCUUAAAAAAACGGAAUUUACAUCAAUUUUGGAAGUUUGAUCGCACAAACAGUCUUUUCAUUUUACGUGAUUGCAACGGCUGAUGAAAUCUGGUACACGGGUUUGGAAAUCGUGACAGCUUCCGCUGUACAGUUGUUUACCGCUUGUUUGAUGGGAACACU